UUGCGCAAGUUUACACUAUUAUUUGGGAUUCUUUGUAAGUCGUGCGCAAAGACGUCGAAAGCUGUUCACUCAAAAAAAAGCGUUCUARAACGUUUAAUCAUGCCCGACAACGAAUCGAAGUCUGAUGCAAAUAGUGAAGAUCCAACUAGUCCGAUUGAUAAAGCGGGAAUGGACGCCGAUGAAGAGUAUGUAAAAAAGAGAGAGCGAAAUAACAUCGCCGUGCGAAAAAGUCGCAGAAAGGCCAAACAACGAAUCGAAGAAACUAAACAGCGAGUUGACGAUUUGACGAAGGAAAACGAAGACCUUCGGAUUAAAGUUGCACUGUUACAAAAAGAACUCAAUGUAUUAAGAUCAUUAUUCGCGAACGGUGGAGUUGCAAAUGGAAAUAGUCUUCCCAAUGGAGUAAAUGUCAUCUUCACAACAAACUCAAAUAGCUCGACGAACUCUACUGAACAAAACAGUCCUCAAAUUGAAGUUAAAACAGAAGCAGAUGAGAAUGACUGAUAUUCGGCUGUUAUUAGUGUAAUUAUGUAUACCGAAAGAGUUUCCAUUGUAUUGGAAAAGUUUUACUAGUACUCAACAAGAAGUUUGUAAGUGUCACGGCGUUUGACAGGCAAUUGCGUGAUUGCGUAAGACAUUCAGUAAACUUAUUAGAAGAUACAAACUCUUCCUAUUUUAAGAGACUAGUUACAUAAAAUGUACGUGUCAUCUCAUCUGAUCUAGCUAAAUAUUAUAAGGCUAUGCUUUUAUUGUAACUUUUUGUAAGGUAUGAUGUUGAAAUAUUCUAAAUAUAUUCUAUGCAAAGAUAUAUGUACAUCUUUCAGAUCAAAUGUAAUAAUUAUUUUAGAAAGUA